AUGUCGACUCCAGAGCCCACGCCCGAUGCAACCGAACGCACGCCACUCCUCUCCGCCAGCGCAGAUGGCGCAGCGGACGACGAAGGGGCCAUGUCGCCGCCUACAGAUGGGCUGAGAAGAAUCGCAGAUUCACUUCCCCUCUCAGCGUGGCUCGUUGCGACCAUCGAGCUGUGCGAAAGAUUUGCUUUCUUCGGGACCAUGGGGCCCAUGCAGAACUACCUCCAGUACGCUAGAGACGACCCUCUGCGCCCUGGUGGAAUCGGGCUGGGACAAGCGUAUGCCACGAUGGUGAACCAGGGCUUCUUGCUGUGGUGUUACAUCACCCCAGUAAUGGGCGCUAUCGUUGCGGAACAGUACCUCGGGCGAGUGAAGACCAUCAUCCACUCUUCUGCGAUCUACAUCUGCGGCUUGGCCAUGCUCUUCCUGUCCUCGUUGUCACUUGCCCAGGACUUAGGCGUGUCGCUGACUGGUCUGCUGGCGGCCCUGUUCUUUAUCGGCCUCGGUGCCGGCGGCAUCAAGGCGAAUGUCAGUUCGCUGAUCGCAGAGCAAUAUACCGGUCCCAAGGAAGCCAAGCGCGUCUUGGAAUCAGGGGAAGAGGUUAUCGUCGACAGGGCUCUAACAAUCGAAAGGAUAUUCUCCACCUUCUAUCUAUUUACCAACAUAGGCUCCCUGGGCCCUCUCCUCACAACAACAAUCGAGCAGAAGCACGGCUUCAGCGCCGCAUUCAGUCUCCCAGUGCUAGUCUUCCUCAUCGGCUUCACAGUCAUCCUAGCCAGCAAAGACCAAUACGUCAGCAGACCGCCCGAAAGCUCCAUCGUCUUCAACGCAUGUCGAGCAUGCUGGAUCGCCAUCAAACACAAAGGGAACCUCGACUACGCAAGACCCAGCUACCUCGCCGAAGCAGCAUCACAAUCCGAAGCUGAAUUAGAAACACACUCAACCCCCCUCCCCUGGAACGACACCUUCAUCGACGACCUCCGCAGCGCCCUCUCCUCCUGCAAGAUCUUCCUGCUGUACCCGAUCUACUGGGCCGCGUACACGCAAUUCCUAACCAACUUCGUCUCGCAAGCGGCGACCAUGAAAACCCACGGCAUCCCAAACGACAUCAUGCCCAACAUCGACACCGUGACAGUACUCAUACUCCUGCCCCUCGUCGACCGCGCGGUGUUCCCCUUCCUACGCCGCCACGGCAUCCCAGCGCGCCACGUGCACAGAAUCACCGUCGGCUUCAUCCUCAUCGGCACGUCCAUGUUCUACGCCUCCUUCGUCCAACGUAUCAUCUACGCCGCGCCGCCCUGCUACGACCGCCCGCGCGCCCCCGAUUGUCUGGGCGGCCGUGUCCCGAACCAGGUCUCCAUCUUCGUCCAGGCCCCGGCGUACAUCCUCGUCGCCGGGUCGGAGAUCCUGGCUGCCGUGGCCGGUAUCGAGUAUGCGUAUACGCAGGCGCCGCCGUCCAUGAAGUCGUUGAUCAUGGCGGUUUAUCUGUCGGCGACGUCGGUGGGCGCGCUCUUGGCGAUGACCGUUUCGCCCUUGACGGUCGAUCCGUUGUUGUCUUGGUUGUAUGUUACUCUGGGGAUGGAGAAUUGGCUGGCCGGGGCCGUGCUUUGGUUUGUUGCGGGGUGA